AUGGCGUGUGAGGGAGUGCCGGAGCUGCGCGAGGUGACCUUUGCGUACCCCUCGCUGUCCGAUGUAAGUGCGCUCGUGUCUCUCCUUUGUCUGUCUCUCUUCCGCCCUUCGGCUCUCCCUCUUUCCCCUGCUCCUCAGACUGCUUGUUUCCGUUCCCCCUUACCCUUCGUUUUCGCCUCCCGUGUCCCGGGCUCUCACUCCCAUCCCUACCGCUCUCUUCCCUCCUUUUUCUCCCCCUCCCCCGGCAGCGCUACGAGACGCAGGUGGGGGAUCGAGGCACGCAACUGUAGGGGUGGCAGAAGCAUGGCGUGGCGAUCGCGCGGGCGAUUCUGCGGAAUCCGCGGGUGUUGCUGCUGGACGAGGCGACGUCGGCGUUGGACGCGGAGAGCGCGCUGCUGCCUGCGCUCGAUGCGUUCAUGGGCGCGCGCAGGAGGGAGGGAGCCUUUGGCGUGA